GAUGGCUUACGAAUUCGCAAAGUUAUUCUCAAAGUAUACCUUUUUUGUAAUAUUAAAGAGUUGUAACUCAUACUUUUUUUAGAGAUAUCCAAGUGAUUGGAUAAGAAAAUAUUCCAAAAGUAAUUCCAUCAAUUUUAUUUAUUAGGAUGGUCCUAUCCUACUCUAUGGAAAUCAUAACAAUCAAUUUAUUGAUCCAUUAGUAUUAAUUUAUCACAUCUUUAGCUAAUUAUAUCUAAUAUGACUAGAAAGAUCAACUUUAUUGCAGCUGCAAAAGUAUCAUUCAUAUUCUAUCAUUAGAGCAUGAGAAAACCAAUUAUAGGAAAUAUAGGAAGAGCUCUAGGUGGAAUUCCAGUUGAAAGACCAUAAGAUUUAGCUAAAGUUGGAAGUGGUAUAAUAAAGAAGUAUGAUGGAACUUAUUUAUUUGGAGAAAAUUCUCAAUUUACAAAAUAAUGUCAAAUCCAUGAUUCAAUACUUAUAUAAGGAGUAAAUUGAAAUAUCAUCAUAGAUUGACACAAUAAUACUAAUAGUUGAAAUUCUUAGUGACACUAAAAUUAAAGUUCAAUGUGAGGAUUCAAGUUAAGUUCGAGUUAAAGAUAAUAAAUAUAAAGUUUAACCAAAAGUAGAUCAAUCCUAAAUGUUUGAAUAAGUUUGGUUAGCAUUGAAAUAAGGAAAAUGUAUAGGAAUAUUCCCAGAAGGAGGAUCACAUGAUAAUACUACCUUAUUACCUUUAAAACCAGGAAUAUGUAUUAUGGCUUUAGGAGCUAGUUAAAAAUAUUAAACAAAAGUUAAAUUAUAACCAGUUGGAUUAAAUUAUUUCAAAGGACAUAAAUUCAGAUCAAAAGUUAUUGUAGAAUUUGGAGUUCCUUAUGAAAUAAACUAAUAAUUAAUAGAUACUUAUGCUAUCAAUAAGAGAUAAGCAAUAAGUAAAUUAUUACUAGAAAUAGAAUAAGUAUGUAAUCUAAAAUAUAAUAGCAACUUAAAUCUGUAACUAUUUAAGCUCCUAGUUAUUCCCAUUUAUCUGCAGUUAUGAUAGGAAGAUCUUUAUAUUUACCCGAUAGAACAAGACUUUCUCCUCAAGAUCUUCUUUAGCUUACAAAAAGGUUUAAUAUUCUGUAAAUUUAUUUAGAUUUCUAUAAGCAUUUUAUAAGUUAAAGGAUCAUCCUGAAGUAAAUUAAGUGUUGACUGAAAUCAAACUAUAUAAUUAUAAACUUAAAGCUUUGGGUGUAAGAGAUUGGGAAGUUAUGAGAAUGUAAAAGAGAAUAUAUUUGGAUCUCCAAAUAAUUGGAUUUAAUAUUUUUAUGACAUUACUUUGUUUGUUCUUUGCUUUUCCUGGAUAUAUUAUGACUAUUCCAAUAACUAUAAUGUUGAAUAUGUAUGCAGAGAAAGAAAGGAAAACUGCCUUAGCUGGAUCUAAAGUUAAGAUAUCUGGUAAGGAUGUAGUUGCAUCAUUUAAAGUAUUGGCAUCAAUAAUUAUUGUUCCUAUUUCAGUUAUAAUUUAUACAAUUCUAUUUUAUUUAUGGUUGACUGCUUAUAAUAUAGUUGAUGAAGAGUAUACUUUUAGAUAUACAAUAAUAUUUUUAUUGAUGUGGCCAAUUUAUAUUACUGCCAUGAUUAGAUCAAAUGAUGGAUUAAUUAGACAUGCUAGAAAAGUGAAUAGUUAAAUCCUAUUCUAUUUAUAUGAGAAUAAAUAUAGAAAAUUAAAGAUACAAAGAGAAGAAUUAUAAAAUAAAGUAAUAGAUAAAAUUUAAAUUAUUUUAGAUAAGAAAGUUAGUUGAUACUUUUGGAGAAGAAGUAGUAUAAGAUUUUAAUCAAAAUAGAAUUAUUCAAAAAAAUUAAUUAUAAUCACCAAAAUCAGUUGCUGAAUUAGAUAUUUAGAAUGUAUUUGAAUCUCUUUUAGAGUUGGGAAUUUGA